AUGAAACACAGAGGAAAUUUAGACGUUAUUGAAAAAAUUUAUCAUGAAAUACCAGCAUUCACAGAUGUUUUUACAGAGGAAUCAUUUUACGUUUUCGCAUUUUGGUUUGUUAUCGCUACAGUUUUGGUUGCGGUUAUUUUAUCUAGAUUUAUUACCAUACGACCAGUAGAUUUUUAAUAUUAAAUUAAAAUGUGAUUUAAAUACCUUAUUAAGUACCAGUUAAAUAAAUUUUGUUAUAUGAAAUUUUAAAAUGUUGUGAAAAAACUAUUUUGUUCAUCUCAAAAAACUUUAAUUUGCUUUGUCUAAAAAAGAAUUCAGCUUUAAUAUUUAUGCACCAGGAAGUUUAAAGGUUUUUAGCUCUAGCUUACUAAGUUGGACAAUAUCCACAUACGAAUUUGCUGGUUGGUGUCUAGCUGCAUUUUAAACGUGAAACAUUAAUAAAAAUUUAAAGCAUUUUACACAUACUUA